AUGCCUGUGGUCACGACCUACAAAGAGGUGGCUUCAGUUUCCCAGGGCACCGCGCGGCGCUGGGGUGUGGCUAUGCAGAUGAAGCCCUCGGGGGGGCGGGGCAGUUGCAGCGUCGGCGGCGGCCGGGGAGGUAGUAUUUUGCCUUUGAGUAACUGUCCCCAGCUCCAGUGCUGCAGGCACAUUGUUCCGGGGCCUCUGUGGUGCUCCGAUGCCCCUCACCCACUGUCGAAGAUCCCCGGUGGGCGAGGGGGCGGCAGGGAUCCUUCUCUCUCAGCUCUAAUAUAUAAGGACGACAAGCUCACUGUGACCCAGGACCUCCCUGUGAACGAUGGCAAACCUCACAUCGUCCACUUCCAGUACGAGGUCACUGAGGUGAAGGUCUCUUCCUGGGAUGCCGUCCUGUCUAGCCAGAGCCUGUUCGUAGAAAUCCCGGAUGGAUUAUUAGCUGAUGGGAGCAAAGAAGGAUUGUUAGCACUGCUAGAGUUUGCUGAAGAGAAGAUGAAAGUGAACUACGUCUUCGUCUGUUUCAGGAAGGGCCGGGAAGACAGAGCUCCACUCCUGAAGACCUUCAGCUUCUUGGGCUUUGAGAUUGUGCGCCCAGGCCACCCCUGCGUCCCCUCUCGGCCUGAUGUGAUGUUCAUGGUUUACUCCCUGGACCAGAACUUGUCCGAUGAGGACUGAUGGUCAUAGAGGAUGCUUUGCCCAAGAGCUGCCGCGGGGGGUGAGGGGGAGUUAGGCAGCCAUGGGACAGAGGAGAGGGGUUCUCGCUGUCUAGGCAAGGACGCAGAGGGGCUCGGGCUGAGGGUUGCCUGUUGUGUUCUUGGAGUUGACUCGUUGACAUUGUUUUCCAUAAAGAACAGUAUAAACAUAUUAUUCACAUGUAAUCACCAAUAGUAAAUGAAGAUGUUUAUGAACUGGCAUUAGAAGCUUUUUAAAUUGCGCUGUGUGACGUGCUCUAUCUAGCCUAGGGGAGGACACUGCCGAGAGGGGGAGGGGCUGUCUGCACCUCGGGCCCAGAGGCCUCAUGGGCGGCACCGGCAGGCCCAGGUUUCCCUAUUGUUGGACUUUCAUUUUGGAUUUGUAAGACUUCAUAUUUUCUUCCUUUGCUUCCAGUCACCCCCAGGGCUCCUGGGCAGUGUCCCUGGGUUUUUUGACACCCCACCUGGGCUUCUCUAUGUGCAUUUGUGUCUGGCCUGGUGUACGCGGGUCUGACCCCUUCCUUCUUUACAGCUUAGUGUUAUUCUAGCAUUUGGUUAAGCUGGCUUAAUCUGUUUGUUACCAGUGCAUUUGAAAUAGGGGCACUGAAGUUCACUUCCACUACUAGGGCCUUUUUGGGUUUUUUUUGGGUGCCUGAGCCUUAUGGAAAGCCAGGUUCCAUUUCUCGGAUGACCACUAAGGGUUUUUGCUCCAGAGGCCGAGGCCCUGAGAUUUCCUUCCUCAAGUUACGAUGAGUAAGGAGGAAGAAGCCAGAAGCCGAGAGGGAAUCUGUUCUUAGAGACUGGAUGCCUCUGGCUGCCUCUCCCAACAGGUCUGAGCGACGCCUGGGCCCCUGCUUUGCAGAGCCUUAGAGGUAGGUUUUGGGGUGGAAGUGGCCUGGCCUUUUGUGUUUUCACUGAACAGCUUGUUGUAAGGGGAGAAGAAAGGGGGAAGAGAUCUAGAUUGGGUGAAGGGAGUGGGGUGUCAGGGAGGCAAGUGUGUUAUGUUAUUGUGUCAAUAAACUGAUUUAAAGUU